AUGAGCUCCAACACCAUCAAGCAAGCGGCCGAAGCUGCCCGGAGCAAGUCUUCCAACAUCACCAAGCAGGGCACCGAGACUGUCGCUGCGGUCAAGAAUGACUUCCUCCACACGCCUUUCAUGAGGGCUGCCCUGCCAUUCAUCAAUGGCGGUGCCGCCGGCAUGAUCGCCACCACCUGUAUCCAGCCUGUCGACAUGAUCAAAGUCCGCCUGCAGCUUGCUGGUGAGGGCGUGUCAUCCGGGCCCAAGCCGACACCGCUCGGCAUUGCCAGGGACAUUAUUGCCAAGGGCAAGGUGCUCGAUCUCUACACUGGCCUAUCGGCGGGUCUUCUUCGCCAGGCUGUCUACACUACGGCGAGACUAGGCUUCUUUGACACCUUCAUGAAUUCCCUGAAGUUCCGCGCUCACCAGAAAGGCACGGAAGUGGGGUUUUCCGAAAGAGCCACUGCGGGCCUGGCUGCGGGUGGUAUUGCCGCCUUCAUCGGCAACCCUGCCGACCUGGCCUUGAUCCGCAUGCAGGCGGACGGCCUCAAGCCCCUAGAGCAGCGCAAGAACUACAAGUCCGUUGUCGAUGCCCUUGUGUCCAUCGUCAAGGGUGAGGGCGUCACUGCCCUGUGGGCUGGUGCCGCUCCCACGGUCGUGCGUGCCAUGGCGCUCAACCUGGGCCAGCUAGCGUGCUUUUCCGAGGCCAAGGCACAGCUGAAGCAGCACACGACCUGGAACCCGCAAGCUCAGACCCUGACUGCCAGCGCCGUUGCCGGUUUCUUCGCCUCUUUCCUCAGUCUGCCGUUCGACUUUGUCAAGACCAGGUUGCAAAAGCAGCAACGCGGGCCGGAUGGCAAGCUGCCCUACAAGGGCAUGAUCGACUGCUUUGCCAAGGUUGCCAAGCACGAGGGUCCUCUACGCUUCUACCGCGGCUUCACCACGUACUACGUCCGCAUUGCACCUCACGCCAUGAUCACACUCCUCGUCGCCGACUACCUCGGCUUCCUCACCAAAUAA